AUGAAGUUGAGCGUCGCUACGAGCACUGCUGUGCUGUUCGCCUCGGUCAAUGGACAACUUCUUGACAUUCCUGGCCUGCUCCAGAAUGCCACUAUGAACCUGAACGACCCGCGCUUCACGCAGUGGCAAGCACCAGGCGAAGGCGAUGUCCGCUCCCCAUGCCCAGGUCUAAACUCACUGGCCAACCAUGGCUUCCUGCCUCGCUCUGGCAAAGGCCUCACAAUCCCCCGACUCAUCCAAGGUGGCGCCCAAGGCCUCAACAUGGGCCCCGACUUCAUGGCCGUAAUCGGCGCCGUAGGCCUCCUAUCCUCCCCCAACCCAGCAGGAGGCUCCUUCGAUCUCGACAACCUCGACAUCCACAACUUCCCCAUUGAGCACGACGGCAGUCUGUCUCGCCUUGACAAGUAUUUCGGUGACAACGCCGAUUUCAACCAGCAGACCUGGGACGCGACCGUCGCCUACUUCAACGGGCUGAUCAAGACGACUACGCCCACUGCAUCGAAGGCGAGGUACAUGAAUAUUCAGAAGUCUCAGGCGAACAACCCUACUAGCCUUUACGGGCCGAUGCAGUUCCUCUUGAGCUCGGGAGAGACGGCGCUAUAUGUCCAGACUAUGGAUAGUCCGAUCACGAACAGUGCGAGGGUUGACUAUGUGAGGAGUCUGUUUGAGCAGGAGAAGCUGCCUUACGAGCUGGGCUGGAGGCCGAGUGCUGUGCCGAUCACUCUGUUGAGUCUGGGAGGGUACAUUUUGGAGCUGUUUGCAGCCAACCCGGAUGCCAUUGGCGAGGGAACCACUAUCCUCAAGGACUCGUAUGCGAAUGCAUUGAUUUCUGCUGCUGGUGGAGCCAAUGCAUUGAGAAAUUUGACCCAGGGGAUCACAGAUGUGCUUGACAUUCCUGGCCUCUGA